UUACGGAUGUUGUUGUAGUGCUGGUUGGUGUGUGCUAGCUAAAGGCUGAAGAAAUGGCUGAAUAUUCGCAUGUAAAAUCUACUAAACUCGUAUUGAAGGGUCAGAACAAAGGAAAAAAGAAAAAGAAUAAAGACAAGAAGAGGAAAAGAGAAGAUGGAGAAGGGAAAGUUGACAUUGUUGGUGGAUGGUGGUGCGUCAGCAGCUUCGGAGAAAUCUCCGGUACUGUUGCUAUAGAGAUGCACAGUCAUUCCUACAUCCAUGCCCUGGACACUGGCCUGUUCACUGUUGGAGCUCCACACAAAGAUGAUGAUGGACCAGACCCACCAGAGCAGUUCACCGCCAUCAAGCUGUCAGACUCGAGGGUUGCCCUGAAGUCUGGCUACGGCAAGUACCUGGGCAUAAACUCUGAUGGCGUGGUGGUGGGGCGCUCAGACGCCAUUGGCUCCAGGGAACAGUGGGAGCCAGUCUUCCAGGAUGGUAAAAUGGCUCUCAUGGCUGCCAAUAGCUGUUUCAUCUCCUACAGUGAGAGUGGCGACAUUGAGGCCAAGAGCAAGAUGGCAGGGGAGGAGGAGAUGGUAAAGAUCCGUUCAUGCGCAGAGAGGGAGGUCAAGCAUAACGAUGACAUCGCAGAUGAGGACCGGGGCAACGUGAAGAACUGUGAGAUCAAUUAUGUAAAAAAGUUUCAGAGCUUCCAGGAUCGUCGACUGAGGGUGAAUGAGGAGGAUAGCGUCACACUGAAGAAAGCAAGGACAGAUGGGAAAUUUCACGAAUCCUUGUUAGACAGGAGAGCCAAAAUGAAAGCUGACAGAUACUGCAAGUGAACAUUCAUAACUACCUGGAUGAUCAACAUGUCUUCAAAUUUCCUGUUUGCUUUAAUGAUUUAUUUUUCUUUUCUUUUUUUAUGUUUUAAUGUCAGACAGAACAUUUAUGUACAUUUUUCUUAUUAAUAAAUUGUAUUUGGUCAAAAGUA